GUUGUAAGUAUUUUUGGACACCAAUUGCAAAGAAAGCUACUGGAAUGAAUUUUUUUUCCCUUGGUUUUUGAUUUAAGAACCUGGAUGAGGGGCUAUGCUGUGGUACUGGAAUGGAGAGAUGAUGUGUGAUGUUGAUGACCACCUAAUGCCGGCUAUGAACAUGCAAGAUCCUUAUCUUCUCUUAGAAGGAUAGUUCCAGGACAUCUGAAUUGUAAAAAUAUGAGAAUUGAGAUGGUGAGUCGAGGAAUUGCUUUUGUUGUUAGGUAUUUGAACGCAAGAAACGUGAAGUGUAACUGUGAGAAUUGAGAUGUUCGACUAGUGGAAUUGCUCCUAUUGUAGGACUUGGAACAGUAUACAAUACAAAAUAAGGGAAACCUGAACCGUAAGUCAGGGAAACCUGAACCCCUCGGAAUGGCGAAGAAGCUCUGUUCGGAGCUCUUUAUUAGUAAGCUGUCAUUCUACAACUCAGAAAAUGAACUCAAAAGGUUGUUUUCACCAUUUGGGGUCGUUAAACAAGCUAGGUUAAUCAGAGACCCGAAAACCCAAAGACCUAAAGGAUUUGGUUUUGUCAAAUUUGAGAAAGCAGCUGAGGCACAGAAAGCACUGAAAGCCAUGAAUGGCAGGAUAGUACAAGGAAGGAUGAUAUUUGUAGAAUUUGCUCAAGGUUCUACAGAUGAGGCAAACAAAAACACUUGAAAGUAAAAUUCUUUUGAAAUUUGUUUGAGACUGCUAACAUAUUACUUUUAAGUUGUAUCAGAAUCAGACUUUAAGUUGUAUCAGAAUCAGACUUUCUGAGCUAGAAUUGGAGAAGAAACUUUUUUAAGCACUUGAUCAUUAAUCUUCAAGUUCUUUGUUUUUGCAUUGAGGGACCAUUAUUAACCUGUACUCCUGUUAUGAUAAAUCUUCAAAUAUUUUCAAGAUUGACACUAACAUUUUUCCAAGUUUUUGCUCACUUGCUCAAAAGGCCAAGAAUUAUGCAUAAACAGGCAGUUUUUUCUUUCAUUCAAUUCAUUUACUAAGCCCUACACAUUCAGAAAAACAAGCUCCUAGAACCAAAAAUCACAUAUAAGGAGAUCAAAUCAAGAAAACUAUAUAUCUAGAACAACUAGACUUUCUUUGGAGAUUUUCCUGCUUUGGCAGGAGAGGUGGGUUCCUUGGUGGCCUUCUCGGUCUUGAAAGGAAAUUGAAAGGAAAGUUUGUACAUGACAAAUUUUUUUGAAGAUUACGUAUCUCAGAUUCUCAAUUAAGCUUUUGAUCUUCU